GAAGUUGCCAUAGCGCCGCAUCACUUUCAGUCUGCCUCCAUUCCAAUGCAGAGCUCCAGCCACCUCCUCACUGCGGUACUGUACGUAAGCCGCAUGUCACACACCCGAAUUAACUAGUUGUUUCCCUUCAACCUCGUCGCGGAUGGAAUAACUGAAUACUGCACUUUCGCCUUUAAAGAGAAAACCACAAAGCAACGCGUUUUGCUUGAGCUGCAGAGGUUCCUUCUUCAUAACCAGCUAUAUCAAGAGAUCUCAAACUGUAUUUCUUGACAUUAGCAUAGCCACGCCUCAAACUGACUGACAUGGGCAUUGAGAGUCAGGGCCCCACCCGCCCUGCAGGAAAUCUGACGCCAAAGCAGGUGAAGACAUUUCAGAAUGUGGAGCCGAAGGCACUGGGGUCCAUUCAGAUCAUUAUUGCUGUCUUGUGCUUGUGUCUGAGCGUCACCAUUCUUCAGCUCUAUGAAGAGGUCCACUUCUCUCCUGAUGUCAUCGUUGUGGUAGUAAUUGUUGCUCAGUUGCUUGUGUCUGGAUCAAUUUUAAUCCAUGCUGGAAGGUUCCCAUCACUCUUUUGGGUGAAAGCCACACUGGUUGCUCACCUGGUCAGUGCAGCGUUUUCCACUGCUGUUCUUGGGCUGCUGUCCCGUCACCUGCCUUACCGUCAGGACACCUACCACUGUGAGCACUGCAGGAGACUGGAGAUCUAUGCUGUGCAACAAUAUUGUUACAGGAAGUGCACUUAUACUGUCGAGAGAAAUUGUAAACUCUUGAUUGAUGGCUUCUUGGCCACCUUGGUUCUGUUUCUGGUGGUGGAGUUGGCGAUCUGUAUUGUAACCAUUUUAUUUGGACUCAGUGCUCUGGCUAAAGCUGGCGUGAAGCUUCCUGGUUUUAGACAGCUUGCAGCUCAAUCUCAGCCUGAGGCAGUCACCCCUAGCCAACCUCAGGUGGAGGUGGUGGUCUCAGAGGUGGAGCCUAUGCCAGAGCGCAUGCCUGAACCUCAAUCUGAGCCAAUAGAAGAAAUCCCCAGCCCUCCCACUGAACCUCAAGUGGCCCCCAUUGACUCCUUAACAGACGUUUGACACUUCAUGCUCAUGUGAUCUGUAUGUAUAUUGUAAGUAGGGGGGCUUUGGUGAUCAGUGAGGUUUUAGCAGCAGUGGUUUUUAUAUUUUAGUGGUAUAUGAAAUCGACACGAUAGGGCUUUACAAUAUGCCAUUAUGCUUAAAGGGAUGGUUCAACCAAAAUUGAAAAAUCUUCGUAAUUAUUCUUCCUUAUCAUUCCAAACCUUUAACACUUUCUUACAAUGAAAGUGGAUGGGCACCAGGGGUUGUCAAGCUCCACAAAGGACAAAAAAAUCACCAUAAAAGCAAAAACAACUUGUGCACUAUAUUCAAAGUUUUUAAGUCAUAUAGUUUUGAGUGAGUAACAGGUAUUUAUAUCAUUAUUCAUUAAAAAUCUUGCUUGACUGCUGUGGUCAACGUUCGCGUUCAUUGUUUGUAAAAGUGCAACAUUCUACUAUUAUUAUGUCCUUGCAUUCUAGAAAGAAACUUUUUUUUAAAGUUCUGCUUUUCAAAAGACAUGAAAGUGAAUGUUCAUUUUUGGGUGAACUAUCGCUUUAACAUUGCAUUAGCUUUACAUUACAUUACUAUUAAAAAGCUGCAGAGAUCCUCUGUGUCUAUCAGCCGAUUGAGCCAGAGUGUUUGCAAAGCAGUACUCUACUCAUAUUCCUCAAAUAUUCAGGCUCAGCCCCUAACUCUAAAUAUUAAAGGUGCUGUAUGUAAUUUUUUGACUGUACUAAAGCAUAAAAAUACCAUAAUAUGUUUGCAGAGAUUUAGGAUACAUGCUAAGUUCACAUACUUGUUUCUCCGAAAAACAAUGCUACAUCCAGUUAUUCUAAAUGUGCGUUCCGUGUCGGAAUGUCUGUUUUUGUUUUGGCCCACUGCCAAUUUACCCAAUAGGAUUUCGAUACCCCAGGUUGCCAUUUGGUGAAAAACACAGCGUAUUGCAGCCAUGGAGGACAACAAAUGAACUGGGUCAGAGAACGCAGAUUCUAUCUGACCUAAAAAGUCUCAGCAUCCAUCUAAAAAGCUCUAUGACCAGAGGCGUAUUAGGCAUAUAAAUCAACUUACAGCAUAAAGCUCAUCGCCUUCCACUGUCACUUGCACUCGUUCCUUUUGUGUGUCCUCAAUCUAGAUUGAGGAGGUGGUGGGGGAAACAAUUCUCUCCAAUAUUUUGAAUUUGGACAACAGAACCCAUUUCAACCGCUAGCUGUCAAUAUUACAUACUGCACCUUUAAACAUCUAAAGUUCAUUUACCCUGAACCACUAAUUUCAUCGCUUGUGUUAUCUAUUUUUGUUAACUUCCUUCCUUAAAAAAACAAAAACAAAACAAAAUUAAGGUACAAGUUUGAAAAUCUCCCAUUGAUAUGGUGAUUGACUCUUCAUUAUUUGAAUGCUAACUGUUGCUGCCAAUUAGCAUUCAAAUAAUGAAGAGUCAUCAUAACAUUUGCAUACUGAUUUGUGAUUGGUCUUCUCUCUUCUAUCUGUUUGGAUAUUGAAUUGUGAUUGGUGUAUGCUUGCAUUCUUCUUUGCAUAUAUUUAUUCAUUCAGAGCAUUUACACUGUACAGUGUAUGUUUAUUCUUUCAAUAGCAAAGAAGCUCUUAUGUAGCAUUUCAUUUACACUGAACCAAAUCUAUGUUUAGAUUUUAGAUAUUGGUUGUGUGUGAAUUAAAUUUUACACAGACUAAGUAAAAGUGUAACUCUAUUCAGGGUUUCCACAGACAUGGAAAACCUGGAAAUAUCAGGGAAUUUGAACAUUGUGAUUUCCUUGAAAAGACAUGCAUGACCCUAAAAUAUUUUUUGUUUUGUGCAAUCUCUAUAAAAUGACUUUUAAAAAUUCUUAAUCUAACAAUCAACAACUGGAGAAGUAAUGGAAAAUCAUUGAAAUUCAGUGAUUGAAGGGCGUGGGAACCAUUCUUUUAGGGCUUGCACACCGAAUAGUUCUAGGAACUCGGUUAUAGGAACUAGCCACUAGGAUAGUUCCCCGGGAACUAAUUUCUCCCUUGGGCCAUGUUCCUGGUUGCAUUCGCACCAGGAAUAUGAACUCUGAAGUGGCUGACAGCGGCGUCUUUAAGUGCGGCAUUUACAAACACUAAAAACCGGCGAAUGGAGGAUGCCGUGAUCGGAGCUGUGUUUGUUGUGUGUCGUGGGUUUCGUGAUAAUGGAGAUGAAAUGUAAACGCAUAAUCUACGUGACGGAAAGAACAAAAAGUGGGGCUAAGACACGAAAUCUCCUACGACAAUUUUCAGUAUUGCAUAUCAUCGAGGCGGAGAAAAGAACACAACCCUGCAGACAACAGGUAAAUGCCGUUAUCGCUGUUUUCCAUGUUCAUGAAGUUAAUAUGUUUACAUGGCUUUUUAAAAAUGCCGGGUACCAGUGUUAGACAUGCGUUUGACCAAUCAAUGUACACUUACGUCACUGAUAGUUCCUAUAGUGCUGGUUUAUGCUGCCUUCACGUGCUAUUGGAAAUUUGAUAAUUCGUGAUAAGGCAGCAUUAGACCCUACUCUGAAGUAGGAGCUAAUUUAGUUCCCCCAAGUCCUAGAACUAAAAUCGUUCCUAGUUCCUGCAGUGCGAACACGGCAAAAACCGGUUACUUCAGCCAAUAGUUCUAGGAACUAUGAAAAGGUUCCUCCGGUGCGAAAGCCCCUACUGCCUUACAAACACUGCUAAUUUCUACAGAAAAUAAAAUACAGUGCAAAUCCCCUAGUGUCUUCCAGAAGAAAGUACAAGAUAAUGAACAAUAACGUCAAUAUUAAUGCAGAAAGAUCACAGAAUUAUUGAUGUAAAUAUAACAGCAGCUCAAAGAAUAAAGAAAAAAAAUAUGGCAGGGAAAAAUAUAUCUAAACAAUGCAAGCAUGCACAGUUGGAUCUGCUUAAUGCAAGACAUUAUUACCAAGUAGUUUGUAAAUAGGAUGCUACAUUUUUUAGAUAUAGACUGUAUAUCAGCUAUAAAUCAUUUUCAGCUGUCAAAAACUAUAUUACAGGUAAUAUUGUGGUAAUUGAGAAAAGGUAUCUUACCACUGAUUUCCAAUAAUAAAUACAUGGAGCUAACUUAUCAACAAACAAAAAUGCUCUGUAUGAUAUGUUAAUGUAUGCUAUGUUGCAAAAUACUCCCAUCAUUUGGCCUCUUCAGUGUUAGUAUUCUGGUAAAUCUGAUGGCAUUUAUUAAAUAUCUUGAACUCCUAUGCUCACAAGAGAAUGAAAAAUAGUAACAAUAUCUUAACAGAAUAAUAUACACCCAAGUAUACACUCUGUUAAAAGAAAAGAAAAGAGUUGUGCUCUCCAGGUAAUAUCAAACAGUAGGAUGAGUUCUCUGUACAUAUGAUGUAUACUUCCUAAUGUAACGUCAUUGGUGCUAGUACAGUAGUAAAUCUUGAAAAUCCAUUUCAGUCCAAGAUGAGGUCGUGUCUCAACCAUGUUUUUAUCUUGAUCAAAUGGAGAGAGUUAGAAUAGGGGUUUAAUGUGUCAUUUUUGGCCCUUUCCCAGCUAACAAAAUAUGUUCUAGGAAUGUUUUGCUAACUUUCCCAUUAAGUUAUGAAAUGUUCUCGUUUAAAACAUCUAUUUUUUUAUGUUUUUGUUUGUUUGUUUUUUUAAAAUUCCUGGUUACAUGAGCAUUAGAGAAAAUAUUGAAUGUUAACUCUAUUUGAUCAUUUUGCAAGUAUUAUGGGAAUGUUAUUUUUGAAUGUUCUCUGAACCAUCUGAAAAAGUAGUAAAUAAUGUAUAAAAAGCAUUUUUUUUUUUUUUUUGUGCUAAUUUUUUCAUAAUGUUAUUAAAGACCAGAUAACUUUGUGCGAAUGUUCUAUUAACUAGAAGAACGUUUGUUCAUAACUUUGAGAGAACGUUAGCCAAAGUUCUAAGAACAGUCCCUGUUAGUUGGGUUGUUUGAUUUCCAUUAUAGUUUUACAAAGCUUAAUAGUUAAGCUAAUUGUUAAUGUUGUAUGUUACUCACUCAUUAGACUCACAGAAUGUCAUUUUUUAGUAUCUCACUAGUACCUGAAUUCAUCAUAUAAAAUUAAGUGUUAUAAUACAGUCAUAAUCCAAGGAACUAUUCUUUAACAAACCAAAGUAUUUUGUUUAUCCACUGUAUUAGUACUUUCAUACCUCUUUUACACAACAUCUGUAUAUUUUCUGCUCUGUUCUGGUCACAUAUUGUUUAAUUGUGAUUAAGCAUGCUGCUAUUACUUAAGUUUCCACUAGAUGGGGAUCAAAGAAAUUGUUGUAACAUUGUAAUAACACAUUCUCAUUGUGUUUGACGUGCAUUGAAGUGUAUUUUAGGUGCUGAAUGGUCUUAUUAAACCAAUUUAUGCACCAACAA